AUGUUUGGACCACACCCACCAAAAUCUUUGGGUUACUGCAUGAAACUUGCGCUACAUGAGACCCUUCAUAAUAUAAACCAAAACAUAUGUUUGACGACUAGACUGUCAAAAACCAGUUAUGAGGAUUUGGUUGAAAUGGUUUCCCAGUUAAAUCAACUGUGUAUCACUACGUUUGAAGAACAGUGUUCUUUCGUAAAGUUCGCUUUGAAAAAACAACAGGAAAACCUUUUCUGGCGAUUAUCGGCUAAAGUCUUCUGUAGAAUUUCAAAGAAAAACCGUUCAAUAUACAGAACUUUUGAGCUUAUCGAAUUUUUGCGGUUAUAUGAUGAGAUUAUCCGCUUCAAGUCACUGAUUGAUUCUCAACCUGAGAUGCCGGAUUUUGCUAAGGAAAUUUCUAAUGAUCCUUGUUGUAUCUGCUUGGAUAGAGAGCCCGACACUGUUCUUGCUUGUAUGCACUCAUUCUGUCAACCAUGCAUUAACAAAUGGGCCGGAAUUAGUUACCAGUUGCCGUCAGCAAGUUCAGAAUCGUCUGUUUCUGGUCAAGGAUCCAGCAGCUGCAGACCUUCAGAUGUUAAUCGCACGCAGUGCCCCAUCUGUAGGUCUACGUACACAAAUACCUCUACAUCUUGGGAGUUGAUUGGCAUUCAGUCUCCAAAAAAUCAUAGAUAUCAAAUCUCAGAUACAUUUCCUGAAAUUGGUGAUAAUGGUACUGAUUCCAAAGAAGAAACAUCUUUCACCGUUAUUGGCCAUAAACAUAAUCCAACAGAGAAUGUUUAA